AUGUUCAGGCCCCAGUGGCUCUCCCUGCUCCUCCUCACCAUCCCUGUGACCCUGAUGGCCAGCCCAGACCCUGAGGAGAAUGAGGUGAAGGUGCUGAGGGAGUUAACGCCUGUGGACACUUCGAGCCCCAACGUGAAGCAGUGCCUGGGGUUCGCCAUGGACGAGUACAAUAAGGAAAGCCAGGACGAGUACAUCUUCCAGGUGUUGGACAUCCAGCAGGCCCAGCUGCAGGUCACACACCACCUGGAGUACCUUAUUGAUGUUGACAUUGCCCGCAGCAAUUGCAAAAAGUCUUAUAGCAAUAACAAAAGGUGUACCAUUCAGGAGGACUCCAAACUGCAAAAGACAGCGACCUGCAGCUUUCUGGUGGGUGCACUUCCCUGGAACGGCAAGUUCACGAUGAUGGACAAGGAAUGUGAGGAUGCCUGA